GCCGAUGGGCUCGCCGGUUUCUCCGGAAGAGAUCGGCCCCGGGAGAGUUUUCCGGAAGCGGGCGGGCCUCGGUAGACUUUCGUGAUCCCCGCUCCUUGGACUCUCGGCCUCUGGUCGGCGUUUCGCCGCUGCCCGAACCUUGCCCCUUGUUCUCCCUCCCUCCUAAUCCCGUCCCUCCCGUGGCAGCGGCGAAGGCCGACGACGGGACCCGUCGCCUGUGGAGAGAGUGUCGGCGAUGUCUCCCCAGCUGGGAUCGUUGGCCGUCUCCCUCUGGGGGGAAGCCACUUUUCGGAGCGUCUCGGUGUUCCUGAUCGUCUUCCUGCUGCUCGUGGGUCUCAGGAAGAGACGGCGGCCCGAAGGCUACCCCCCGGGGCCCUUCAGUCUGCCCUUCGUGGGCAACGCCUUAAACAUGGACUUCUCGCAUCCUCUGGUCCACACCGAAAAGUUCGUGAGGAAAUACGGGAACCUGUUCAGCUUGGAUUUAGGAACGAUGCCAUUCGUGCUGGUCACGGGGAUGAAGCAGAUCAAAGAGGUCCUCGCCCGGCAGGAUGAAAACCUGGACAAUCGCCCCGUGUUUCCCAUUCGAACCGAGAUCUUCACUCAAGAGACCGGGCUCCUGAUGUCCAACGGCCCAGUGUGGAAACGCCACCGGCGUUUCACGCUGAUGACCCUGAGGAACCUGGGUUUAGGCAAGAGGAGCCUGCAGGAGCGGAUCCAGGAGGAGGCCGCGUACCUCGUCCAAACGAUGGAGGAGGAGGGAGGAGAAGCUUUCGACCCCCACUUCAAGAUCAACAGCGCCGUCUCCAACAUCAUCUGCACCGUCACCUUCGGCGAGCGCUUCGAGUACUCCGACCCGCGCUUCCAGGAGCUGCUGCAUCUGCUAGACGCCGUCAUCCUCCUGGAGGCCAAUACCUGGGGCCAGCUGUUCAACAUGUUUCCGUCCGUCAUGAGGAAGCUCCCCGGGCCCCACUGGGAGAUUUUCAGAAAGUGGGCCAAGCUGAAGGCGUUCACGUCGGACGCGAUCCGACGGCACCGGGAGGACCGGAACCCGGACGAGCCCAGGGAUUUCAUCGACGCUUACCUGGACGAGAUGGACAAGGAGAAGGACGUGGCCGGCUCCUAUUUGAACGAAGACAACCUGAUCAGCAGCACGAUGGACCUGUUCCUGGCCGGGACCGAGACCAGUUCCACGACCCUGCGCUGGGCCUUGCUCUACAUGGCGCUGAACCCCGAAAUCCAAGAGACGGCGCAGGCCGAGAUCGACGGCGUCGUCGGCCGGUCGCGGCCGCCCACGAUGGACGACAGGGAGAGCAUGCCCUACACCUGCGCCGUCAUCAACGAGGUCCUGCGGAUGGGCAACAUCAUCCCCCUGAACGUACCCAGGGAGACCGGGGCCCACGUCACCGUGGCCGGCUACCACCUGCCCAAGGGGACCGUCGUCAUGACCAAUCUGAUGGCCCUCCACCGGGACCCGGAGGAGUGGGAGACCCCCGACAGGUUCAAUCCCCGGCACUUUCUGGACAACGGCAAGCUGAAGAAGAAGGAGUCCUUCCUGCCUUUUUCCACGGGAAAGCGCAUGUGUCCGGGAGAGCAGCUGGCCAGGACGGAACUGUUCAUCUUCUUCACCUGCCUCCUCCGCAACUUCACCUUCCGAGCCCCCGAGGGCGUGACGCUCAGCCUCCGAGCCAGAAACGGGAUCACGCUCUCCCCCUACCCCUACCGCAUCCGCGCCGUUCCCCGCUAGGGCCGGGCUUCCCCGCGCUCCUCGCUCCUCUAAGCGCUGUGCGCCUUGCGUCUCGUGGGCGUUCAAUAAAGGGCUCCGCCCCUC